CCGAAGAUAUGAUAUUGGCAUUUUAAGGGGGUCUUUUUUCAAAAGCAAAACCUUCAACAAGGUGACAACAUCAACAAAGGGUGCAAUUUUUUUAAGAUUUUAGGCAUGGCUUGUGUGUGUUCAUCAACAGCAAUGGCAGAGAAGAUUUCAUGGAAUUGUGCUGUGCUUGUGGCACUAAUGCUGGUGUUGAGUAGCUGCGAGUCAAACACAAGUGACUUCACAAUUCAGAAUGCCAACAAUAGCAACAACAAGGUGUGUGAUGAGAUUUACGUGGUUCGUGAGGGAGAGACCCUUCAAACUAUAAGUGAAAAAUGUGGGGAUCCUUAUAUUGUUGAAGAGAAUCCACAUAUCCAUGACCCUGAUGAUGUUUUCCCUGGCCUAGUUAUCAAGAUUAACCCCUUCGCCAAUAGAUCAUGAAAUGUUCCAAUUUGGGAUAAUGUUUUUCAACUCAAUGUUCUUCUGUGUGAGAAAGGUUAGAAAAAGCAACUCAUGUAUGUAGCCAUUUACGGUUUCAAUUUCCAUGCAAAAUGCUCGUCUUAGAAGGAUAGAAGCAUAAUUCAUCAACUCAAAGUGGUUAUGUUGUGAAUUUCCAUUUUCCAGUUCAAUCUCUCUGAACUACUUUUGAUUUUGUAUGAGAACACUUAUUGUAGUGAAGUUCUUUUGUACAAUAUAUAUAGGUUAAAAUAGAAGAGUGACACAAAUUAGAGGGAUGAAUGGCAAAUAUAUCUACCUUUAUGGUUGUAUGAACUUUUCGUUUGAUGAAAAAAAUGAAGAAAUAGAAUCCAACUAUUUCACAUCA